AUGCGCGCAACCCUCCGCCUCCUGGCCGUCCCCUCCUCAAUCGGCACCCAAUCCUCCGGUCUUAAACCCGUCCCUCUCGCCCUCCUCCCACCCAUCCCUCUCUACCGCCGCAUCCUUCGCUCACACCGCAAACACCUCCCCAAGGAAAUGCGUCUCCUCGGCGACGAAUAUGUCAAGAGCGAGUUUCGCGCCCACCGAAGCACCGACAAUCCCGUCCACAUCGUGGGCUUUUUGACGGAGUGGCAGUUGUAUGCGCAGCAGAUCGAGGGCGAUCGUUGGAGGGGCGAGAAGAUGGACAAGGGCAAGGUGGAUAAGAUGAGUGAUCAGCAAAUUGGGCAGAUGUAUGAGUUGAUGAACACGAUUCGGCAGCAGGAGUUGGAGGAGAAUGAUCCGGAGUAUAAGGCUCAUCAGCCGCCGGAGGUGCCGACGAGGCAGGAGUGA